GGCUGGGAGGGCGGCGCUUCCGAGCGGGCAGCCGGCGCUGCGCGGCGCUCCCCCCGUCCCGCCCCGGGCCUGGGAGACCGGCGCGGAUGGAGCGGCUGCGGGUGCAGGCCGGGGGCGCGGCGGCGGUGGACGAGUACCUGGAGUACCGGAGAAUUGUAGGUGAUGACGAUAGAGGGAAACUCUUUACCCCUGAGCAAUAUGAAGAAUACAAAAGAAAAAUGUUACCAAUACGAUUACAGAACAGAUUGUACGUGAGCUGGAGAUCACCAACUGGGAUGGACUGUAAACUUGUGGGCCCGGAGACACUCUGUUUUUGUACCCAUAGGUAUAAACAACACAAAACAGAUUAUGAAGAGAUUCCAAAAAACCGUCCUAUUUGUGUACCCUGUCGAGUGAGCCGUUGCCAGUGCAAAUCCUAUCACUAUGUCCCUCUAAAUGGCACUCAGCCCAUUCGUUGUAGAUGCAAGCAUUUUGCUGAUCAGCACAGUGCAGCACCUGGAUUUUCCUGUAACUCCUGUUCUAAAUGUUCAGGAUUUCACAGCUGCUUUACCUGUGGGUGUGGUCAGCCAACAUAUGCCCAUGAAACGGUUGUGGAAACUAAACAAGAGCGCUUAGCCCAGGGAAAACCUGUGGGGCAGGAUGUUCCUUAUGCUGCAAUGGGAGGAUUAACUGGCUUUAGUUCACUGGCCGAAGGCUACAUGAGACUUGAUGACAGCGGAGUCGGGGCACCCUCUGCUGAAUUUCUAGAGUCACCUAGUAGUGGCAUGGACCAUCCAUUUCUAAAAGCAUUCCAAGGCCCAUCCAGUUCUGCACAAGCCAGCUCACAAUUAACAAGUGGUGGCUCUAGUGCAGCAAAGCAAGUUUCUAAUUUAAGGAGUUCUGAAGAAGAGGACAUGGCUUACUUUGAAAAACAGUACCAGGAACGGCUGAAAAAUGAGAAGGCUGCUAAACAGAAAGUUAAAGGUCCACUGCCAUCAAAGAAUCCAUGAAGAUUAAUGAAACAAAGGAGUUUUUGUAAUACAGAAUCGUUUAUCAUUAUAUUUAAGUGUAUUUUCAUGGUGUUUAUUGCACACACAUAUUUUCUAGUUUCUCAAUAUUAACACUGCUAUAUUAAAGUAUUGAUUAAAUUCAUUUAAAAAUA